UGGGCCCCGCCCCGGCCGGGUCCAGCCCCGCCCCGCGGCAGGUUAAGAGCCCCCCCAGAGACAGGCGCUCCCGACAGACGGUCACGCAUGGGGGGGCGAGCCAGUUUGGUUGUCAUGGCGACAGCUCGGGCGGCUGGGUCCCUGCGGGCGGUCGCUGCCCGCCGGCUGCUGCACUGCCCGCGAGGUCCUGGCGGCGCCCGGAGGCUGAGCGGCAGUGCGCGCCGGCGGGCGUCCAGGGGCGCUAGCCCCGGGCGCUGGCUCAGCACCGCCUGGGUGCCCGCCCAGCCUCCGCGCGAGGAGGCCGAGGGCGCAGAGGACGCAGUCUUGCCACCUGCCGCAGAGGAGCCGGCAUGGAGCCCGCCCUUCGCGCCCCUCGUGGCCCCGGAGCUCCCCCAGCACCCCGCCAGACGCUCGUUGGUGCAGCGGGACUUGCAGGUCCUCCUGAACCAGUGCGGGGCCAGCCUGGGGGAGGCGCGCCACUGGCUCAUGGAGUUCCAGACCUGUGACCACUCCUCGGACAAGCCCUUCGCCGUCAUCGAGGUGGACGAGGAGGUGCUCCAGUGCCGGCAGGCUGUGUCUAGCCUGGCCUUCGCCCUGGCCUUCCUGCACCGCAUGGAUAUGAAGUCGCUGGUGGUCCUUGGGCUGCCUGCCCCCACGGCGCCCUCGGGCUGUCUUUCCUUCUGGGAGGCCAAGGCCCAACUCGCGAAGAGCUGCAAGGUGCUGGUGGACGCGCUUCGGCACAACGCCGCCACCGCUGUGCCCUUCUUUGGCGGCGGGUCAGUGCUGGGCGCCGCCGAGCCAGCCCCCCAUGCCAGCUAUGGUGGCAUCGUCUCGGUGGAGACAGACCUACUGCAGUGGUGCCUGGAGUCGGGCAGCAUCCCCAUCCUGUGUCCCAUCGGGGAGACUGCCGCGCGCCGCUCCGUGCUCCUCGACUCGAUGGAGGUGACCGCAUCGCUGGCCAAGGAGCUGCGGCCCACCAAAAUUAUCUUCCUCAAUACCACAGGCGGCCUGCGCGACACCAGCCACAAGGUCCUGAGUAACGUGAACCUGCCCGCCGACCUGGACCUGAUUACCAAUGCCGAGUGGGUGAGCACCAAAGAGCGGCAGCAGAUGCGACUCAUCGUGGACGUGCUCAGCCGCUUGCCCCACCGCUCCUCGGCGGUCAUCACGGCCGCCAGCACGCUGCUUACUGAGCUCUUCAGCAGCAAAGGGUGCGGGACGCUGUUCAAGAACGCAGAGCGAAUGCUGCGAGUGCGGAGCCUGGACAGCCUGAACCAGGGCCGCCUGGUGGACCUGGUCAACGCCAGCUUUGGCAAGAAACUCCGGGACGACUAUCUCGCCUCGCUGCGCCCGCGGCUGCACUCCAUCUACGUCUCUGAGGGGUACAACGCAGCCGCCAUUCUGACCACAGAGCCUGUGCUGGGGGGCACCCCGUACCUGGACAAGUUCGUGGUGAGCUCCAGCCGCAAGGGCCAGGGCUCAGGCCAGAUGCUGUGGGAGUGCCUGCUGCGGGACCUGCAGACUCUUUUCUGGCGCUCCCGGGUCACCAACCCCAUCAACCCCUGGUACUUCAAGCACAGCGAUGGCAGCUUCUCCAACAAGCAGUGGAUCUUCUUCUGGUUCGGCCUGGCUGAUAUCCGGGACUCCUAUGAGCUGGUCAACCAUGCCAAGGGGCUGCCGGACUCCUUCUGCAAGCCAGCUUCUGACCUAGGCAGCUGA